GACAGUUUGUGGGCUCUCGCUUGUGCCUGUUUGCUUGGUGCUACUCUCCUGAUAAAUCACAACAAAGCUUCCAGAGGGAGAGGAAGGAUGGAGGGCACCAACACCCCUGUCACUAAAUCUGCAGCUGCCAAGAUAGUUAAGAGAAAUUUCCUUGAGGCUCUAAAGUCAAAUGACUUCGGAAAAUUGAAGGCCAUUUUAAUCCAAAGGCAAAUAGAUGUGGACACAGUUUUUGAAGUUGAAGAUGAGAAUAUGGUUUUGGCAUCUUAUAAACAAGGUUAUUGGCUGCCUAGUUAUAAAUUAAAGUCUUCCUGGGCAACAGGCCUGCAUCUCUCUGUCUUGUUUGGUCAUGUGGAGUGUCUUCUGGUGUUACUGGACCACAAUGCUACAAUCAACUGUAGACCCAAUGGGAAAACCCCCCUUCAUGUGGCUUGUGAAAUGGCCAACUUGGAUUGUGUUAAAAUCCUCUGUGACCGUGGAGCAAAGCUGAAUUGCUACUCCUUAAGUGGACACACAGCUUUACACUUCUGUACAACUCCUAGCUCCAUUCUCUGUGCCAAGCAAUUGGUUUGGAGAGGGGCCAACGUGAACAUGAAGACGAACAACCAGGAUGAGGAGACGCCCUUGCACACAGCUGCCCACUUCGGCCUCCCUGAGCUGGUGGCCUUCUACGUGGAGCACGGUGCCAUCGUGGACAGUGUGAACGCCCACAUGGAGACCCCGCUGGCUAUCGCCACCUACUGGGCCCUCCGCUUUAAAGAGCAGGAGUACAGCAGGGACCACCACCUCAUCUGCCGCAUGCUGCUGGACUACAAAGCUGAGGUCAACGCCAGGGAUGACGACUUCAAAUCUCCCCUGCACAAGGCAGCCUGGAACUGUGACCACGUGCUCAUGCACAUGAUGCUGGAGGCUGGCGCAGAAGCCAAUCUCAUGGAUAUCAAUGGCUGUGCUGCCAUUCAGUAUGUGCUGAAGGUCACCUCUGUGCGCCCAGCUGCCCAGCCUGAGAUCUGCUACCAACUGCUGUUGAACCAUGGAGCUGCUCGAAUAUACCCUCCACAGUUCCACAAGGUGAUACAGGCCUGCCAUUCUUGUCCCAAAGCAAUCGAAGUUGUAGUCAAUGCCUAUGAACACAUCAGGUGGAACGUGAAGUGGAAAAGAGCCAUCCCAGAUGAUGACUUGGAGAGAUACUGGGAUUUUUACCACUCUCUCUUCACUGUGUGCAGUAACUCUCCGAGGACUCUCAUGCAUUUAUCGAGAUGCGCCAUUCGAAGAACGUUGCACAACAGAUGUCACAGAGCAAUUCCUUUGCUUUCCCUCCCAUUGUCAUUGAAAAAGUACUUGCUUUUAGAGCCAGAGGGAAUCAUUUAUUAAGCCUUAUGAGACAGAAGUUCCCAAUCCUAGAUAUUUAAGUGGACUCACCGGGUAGACACAGUUUGCAUAAAUAAAACGGUACUUGGGUUGAUUAUAACACUUCAGGGAUUUCAAAACACUUUACAAACUCCAUGUCAUUAAUCCUAGGGUAUCAUGGUGAGGGGAAAUAAACAAGACGUAAAGUUAAGGAAUUCUCAAAGACAAGAAUGGAUCCAGAAGGUACCGACAGCAGUGAUAACUAGUGUGUAUAGUGUUUUUACUUGGUGCCUGAUACAUUUUUGUAAAACUUUUCAUAUAUCAUCUCAAUUGAAAUGGGACCCAGGUUUUCUUACAACCAAUCUCGUCCUCUCCCUUGUCAGUAAUAAGUUUACAUUACUGUCGAGUUAGCAAAAUCAUAGGCUUUUGUGACUGACCUCUUAAUCUCGGUGUCUCCCCCCACACUCCCUCCUGCCACCGUAACCACUUAGCAGAGAGUACUGUCACUAGUUUUGCAAACUCAGAUCCCCACUCUAAGCUCUUUAACUUAUUUCUUGGUGAAGAGAGCACAUGAGCAUAGUCAAAACAAGGAGAUUUUGAGUUAAAUUUGAAACGAAAAGCAAAAUCUACUUAAUAGUCAAAAAAUGGACAUUUCAACCCAUGCUUAUUGAGCCAGAGACUGGAGAAGCAAAGAUGAGUGUAAGGUGAGGACUCCUGCCCUCCAGAAUCUCACCGCUUAGCAGAGCAUCCGGACAUACGAGCAGGGAACUGCAGUGUCAAAUGUCAGGGGCAAGAGUACAGGUGCAGACUCAUUUUUAGCGCUUGUCUUUCAAAGUCGUGUUUCUGACCCGAAGUGUGGUUUUCCUUUGAAGCAUGAAUAUUAAGAGUGAAGGGACUGUGUGACGUAAAGGGAGCUCCUGCUGCUGUUAGUGUAAAUGGAUUCACUUUCAGUUUCUCCCAACAUCUAGAAACUUUUUUUUUUUAUUUUAGUAGGACUUCCUGUUCAGUGCUCCCCUCAGGAAAAAUAUUGCACACUCAGUGGCUCCCCUGUAUGCCACAAGAAAAUUUAGUAAAAAGUGUACCAGAAAGUGUGUGAAGGGAAGAACUUAAGUUGGUUACUUGGCCUCAUUGUGUACUACCCUGACAUUUCAGAGCAUCUUAGCUGGAAGAUGAGGAACCCUUUGCUAGCAAUGGCUGGCUACAGAAAGCAAAUCGAGAGACUUUUUGAAAACGGUAAAAGUUUGAAAGACUUGGAAAGAGAAGUAUGCCAAUCAGGCUUGUUAGCGGUUUGCAGAAAGUGAAAUAUAGUUAUUAACCUCUGGACCUCAGGGUUUGUGAGGCCAAGUUCGCUUCACUUUUUUGUUCUUGCUAAUCACUUUCAGACAAGACCAUUGCCUCUUCGCACCAUUUUUUUAGAGGUUAGAGCAGAAGUAAUUAAGCACAAACAAAUCCGUUUGCCAGUUGUGGGCAGGUUUCUUUUAUUUGUGUGGUUCUUCAUCUUAUUUAACUUUAGAUGCUUGAGUUUUGAGUAGAGAUGAUGUCACAUAUUCCGCGAGCCCACCACCUGCACUGUGCUUGUAGACUGGGAUUUUCAUACGCCCUGAGCUCUGUAGGAAAAAUCAUGAGUAGGUGCAAUAACCUUUCUGGUUUUCUUCAGUUUUACUCAAAUAUUUUGAGAGGACUGUUCUGGACGAAAACAAGAUCUAUACAUUGUGGAAUAGGUUGCUGAAUUUGUAUAAACUAGUCAUGUGAAACAUGGUCCUUCAGAAAAUGGUUUGCUUGCAGCAAGAGGUGCUGUGGGGAGACACAUGUUGCCCUCACCUUCAGGAAUAUUCUGGCCAAAACAUUUGUGAUGCACUGUCUUUGUCAAUAAAACUUAAUGCUGAGGGCAAGGGGAGAGGAUAUUCCUUGCAUUAGAAAACAUUUCUCAAUCUGCUUGCUUGUACUUAAACAUUUUAUGUUAAUUAGCACAUAAUACAAGCCUACUUGUUUUGAAUUGUUUACUCGUACAUUUAAAAGUUAUUUCUCCUCAUCUCUGAACUUUUAUUUCGAGGACUUAAAUAAAGCCCUCGUUUCCUUUCA